AUGGCUGCAAGUCCACCCAGGCGGUUCUUGAAACCGUUUUUGUAUACCGUCGCGACCAUUGCUGGUGUUGGUGGGACUUUGUAUAUCACCUACCGGCCGCGCAAUAUCCCCGGUUCUGACCCCGCUGCUGUCCCUCCUCCACGAUACGGUGCUAGUGGGAAGCUCCAGCCUCCCCGGUUCCCCUAUAUCAAGAGCCGUGAUGAACAGAUUCAAGACCUAAAGCGAAGCUGUACGGAAAACGUCCUAGAUUCGAUCAAAGGAAAGCUAAAGAAUACAAUUGUUGCAACUAAGGCUGGAGAGGAAGAUGACAGUGGAGAGAUAUAUGAUCUUCUUGUCAUUGGUGGCGGAGCAACUGGCUCGGGAAUCGCUCUUGAUGCUGCCACUCGGGGCCUCAAAGUUGCUGUUGUUGAACGGGAUGAUUUCAGCGCUGGCACAAGUAGCAAGAGUACAAAGCUGGUGCACGGGGGUGUCCGAUACUUAGAGAAGGCUGUUUGGGAGUUGGACUACAAUCAAUAUGCUCUAGUCAAAGAAGCCUUACGUGAAAGGAAAUAUUUUCUCCAUACCGCUCCACAUCUUUCGAUGUGGCUUCCAAUCAUGGUUCCGGUCCAAAAAUGGUGGCAGGUGCCUUAUUUCUGGGCUGGCACAAAGUUCUAUGAUCUCCUCGCCGGCUCUGAGGGAAUUGAGAGCUCUUACUUUCUUCCUAAAAGUAAAGCACUCGCUGCCUUUCCUAUGCUGAAGAAAGACAACUUGUUUGGUGCCUUGGUAUACUACGAUGGUGCCCACAACGAUUCACGCAUGAAUGUAUCCAUUGCCAUGACGGCUGCCAUAUAUGGCUGUACAGUGGUGAAUCACAUGGAAGUAACUGAUCUGAUUAAGGAUGCAGAUGGCAAGCUUACUGGUGCGCGCUUGAAGGAUUUGAUUGCUGACAAAAAUGGACGUGGUGAUGAGUUCACUGUGAGAGCAAGGGGCAUCAUUAACGCAACUGGCCCCUUUACAGAUUCUAUCCGGAGAAUGGACGAUUCCAGUAUUGCUGAAAUUGUUGCCCCUAGCUCAGGUGCCCAUAUUGUCUUGCCUGGCUACUAUAGUCCAGCCAAGAUGGGACUCAUCGACCCAGCAACUUCUGAUGGACGAGUGAUAUUCUUUUUACCAUGGCAAGGAAACACAAUUGCAGGCACCACUGAUAACCCAACAACCAUCACUUACGACCCUAUUCCUUCAGAAGAGGACAUUGACUGGAUUCUUCGUGAAAUUCGGGGAUAUUUGGCUCCAGAUAUCACAGUUCGACGCGAUGACGUCCUUGCCGCUUGGUCUGGCAUCCGACCACUAGUGCGCGAUCCAAAAGCCAAAAACACUGAAUCCCUCGUUCGAAGCCACUUGGUAAAUAUAUCAAAGUCUGGCCUAUUGACUUGUGCUGGCGGUAAAUGGACUACCUAUCGACAGAUGGCAGAAGAAGCCGUGGACGAAGCUAUUAAACAAUUCAACCUUAAACCACAAGGCCUAGGUGAAAACCCGGAUAUCAGUGGUACUGGUUUCUACGACGACAAGGCUAUUCUCGACGGCUCCUGUCAAACGCAUCAAGUCCGCUUGAUUGGUGCCCAUGGCUUCUCCAGGACUCUUUUUAUCAACUUGAUCCAGCAUUUUGGACUAGCCACUGAUGUUGCUCGCCACCUUACGGAAUCAUACGGUGAUCGUGCCUGGGAGGUGGCCGCCAUGUCUUCUCCCACAAAUAUGCGUUUCCCCAUAUGUGGAGUUCGACUCUCUCCGCUGUACCCUUUCAUCGAUGGCGAGGUUCGAUUCGCCGUUCGCCGCGAAUACGCCCAGACACCUGUAGAUGUCCUUGCCCGGAGAACUAGAUUGGCCUUUUUAAAUGCCCGGGCAGCUCUGGAUGCCCUCCCUACCGUUGUGGAUAUCAUGGCAGAGGAACUCAAUUGGGACUCGAAGCGCAAGCAACGCGAGUGGGAUGAUGCUGUGAAAUUUUUAGUAUCCAUGGGCCUUCCUAAGUCACGAGCUGGUGCUACGAGGAAGGAUGUUGAGAAGGGCAGGUUGGCUGGUGUCGACAUUCCUAGGAGCAGCCAUUGA